AUGACUGUGGUUCAAGGACUCAGUGCAGUUCAGCAUGUUUUGGCCGCUCACACGGGAACGGUCGAUACUAUUUCGAAACCAACCAGUUCCUCGGAUCAGCCGUGGUGGUCUAAUGCGGACAGUAGUGCAUCCAUUCCAGNUAUCGGCACAAGGCGAACAAACCUUGGCCAAUCAGGCAACGCCACAUCACUCAAUGACCUAUAUAACGAACAGGACACUCCGGUCUCAUUUGUGAUUAGUGUUGUUCGCGCGGUUCUGAAAUAUCAACCGAAUACCAACAGUGAGAAAUCCCUAGAUGCAUUUUCUGUCUACUCUCUGCGUCUUAUUCAAAUAAUGAAACUGAUCAAUGCAUAUGUGAGCAACUUCAAGAACAAACCUCCGUUCAUCGAUCAGUCUUCUCUCGGCAAACUGGUAUCGGAAUUGCGUACGGUCGAACAAUGUGCAGCCGGCUUGUUGGAAUUUUGCGAAUUUUCCCGACAAUUGGAAUCCCGUCUGCGCAGUCCGAUGAAGUUGGGUAUCACUUCCGUGGAACAAUUAGUUACCGCUUCACGAGACGGUUCAGCCUUCCGACAACUUUUGGCGGGUUGGAUGAACAUCAUCACCAAGUUAACGAUGCUCAAAGACAUCAAAUCACAGACCAGUCCACCAGUGUUAGAGCCAGAGAUCUCGCUUAUGGAGCUGACUGAAAUUGUUCGGCGGUUACGUGACAUCUUGUUACGCAUGUUCACCGACUGCCCUGCUGAAAAUUGGAUCCCACUUGGAUUACAAUUCUCUUUGUUGGCCGCGGGAAAUAAAAUUUUACUGUCUGUUUCCAGAAAACUUCUGACGGGUGGCGAUACAACGAGUUUGCUCUCCUCGGACUCAUCCAGUUGGUUUAACUGUCUGCUUCUGGCAGUUCGUUCGUACGUGGACGCCUCGGUUCCGUCACCCAUCCGUGUCAUUUCCGAUUCGUCGCUAGUGGACCCAAACGAACACCUGGCACGUCAGUGUAUUAGUCUUUUCCGUAGCCUUCCCGAUGUGUCCGUACAGCAGUGGAGCGGUAAGUUCGACGUUGAGGAACGUCUUCUGAAUGCAUCGUCCUAUUUAGCUGAGGUUCGAGAACUAACGGAAUCAUCAUUAACUCAUUGGAAUCUGAUAGUAGCUCCGCGACAAUUACGUCCAUUAUGGUGCGAUGCUCAUGACUUGAUUGCUACCAGUCAGCGAGUAAAUCUGUUUCAGUUUUCACUGGACGCGAUUAUUGCCAGCAGAGUAGGCGGAAAACGCGCAAAACAGCUCUUUGCGAGACUUGAACGUGGGAAAUUAACGGAACUUGGUCAACUGUUCGACCUUUCCCCCGAUCAGACCGUGAUCUGUUUUCUUCAAACACUUCUCAGACGUGCGGAACUGGCCUAUCAAGAAGAAAAACAACAGACAACUUCAACAAGACAGUUAGAAUACUGGAUGCCCAGUGCCUUGGUGUUUCUGACGGAAGCUAUGAGUAAUGGAAUCCCUUCCUAUUGGUUUGUGUGCGCUCAGUGGGCCGGUUAUCCGCUUGAAGAAUAUCAACAUGUGCGUGUUCUACCGAACAAUAUGGUGAAUAGACAGUUGAUCGACGCGGCUUGGACGCCUUUAUAUGCGUUGUUUGGAAUCAGGUCAAAAACUUGCUCACAUCUAGAUGAACGGGUCGAACGUUUUCGUGUUCGUUUGGCUCUUUUUGCAACGGCUUAUUGUCCAGUAGAGCAUGUAAGUGCGGUCUAUAGACUCUUUCUAACGGGCAUGCAUCGUUUAGCGUGUGCUUUAUAUGUCGCACGGGGUCAUAAAAAGGAUACCUUGAAUGAUCGGUUACAAAGUGUCUCUACGAAUUUAGAUAAUCUUAUUGUUGAUCAUUGGUACCCUACCGGUCAGUCGGAUUCACUCCAACCCGUUGCCGAUAAUCCUCUGGCGCUUCGACUACCUCCGCUUUAUCGAUCGUUAACCUUUGCGGACAAGGAAAAUCCGACGGAUUGGACAGAUGAGAAUAAACCGCUAGUGUCCUCAAAACAAUGGUCUUCAUGGAUUUUUUAUUUAGAAUGUUGGCUCGGCAAGCUACCUACAGAUUUAAGUACAUUUCAUCAAUCUUGUCUGAAUGCCGCAUUUGAAGAUACGCGGCUGAGCCAGGCGUUCGCUUCAUUCUACGCCCAUCUACCGGAACUCUGCGGAUCGUCCAAACGAACAGACACUUUUCUCGAUCAUCUCAAUGUAUUGUCUCCUCGUACGACCGAACCCUUUGAUGGAUCAUUUUGCAUUACACGUCCCGUAUUUGCCGAUCAGCUUCGACUUUUCUUGGCUUUACAAGCACUUCCUUACUUUGUUAAUGAUAAAGAUUCGCACUACACGCCUCACACUUGUUUUCCUUCGGGAGCCGCAGAGCUGCGUAUGUUGGCGACCUGUUCCAAACCAGUGAUUAGUCAAUGGUCGCGCGAUGCUGUUUUUACCUGUCUAGCACAGGAAUUGCAAUCGGUUUUACCCCAUAUCGAUUUGGCCUUAUUCGAUGCGGAUUUAACGUAUAGGAAAGAUGCUGUACUGAGCGUGUGUCAUUCCCGACUGAUGUUUGGUCUUCGAUUAGCCCUGUUUUGUCAUUUAUCUUUGGAAGAAUGCUUUUACGCUCGAUUGACCACUCUGUUCGUGGAUAGGCAAGUAUCCAGUGAAGCGGAGCGAUCCGAGACAAAGACCAUUCUUCACUGGCUCGAUCAAUUUCCCAAUGGUGUCGAUCGAUUUGUUCACUGGAUGGAAACAGCUAUCUAUCCCUGGCUAGUAGGCCUCUUCUCUCCACAAUUUCUAUUCAGUGUGAUGCCCUCGCAUUCCUCAUCAACUUAUGUUGCCGGUUUGACCGUUCGAACCCAUCAAGACAUUCUUCGUGUAUUGCAAACUAACCCGGGUUGUGUGAAGCUGUUUGCACAGCUCUCCUAUGCGAAAUUGAUCGCGAUGCUUUUACACACUAAUGAUGAUCCGCGUGCUGAUCCACAAACCGUCCGCAGUCAACCGAAGUCGUUUCGAGAACACUUGCUCUAUCCGUAUAUGACAUCCGAUUCGGUGGUGGAUGGAAUCACGCAGAUCGUAUCAAUUUUAAAAUAUUACAGAACGGAUUCCCCCCUGUUGUUUUCUUCCGAGGAUCUGAUUGCCAUGCACAGUUUGCGCGUGCUUGACCAGCUGGAAGAAGACAGUGAUGUGUCGUUCGAUAUGCGUUCGCAUGUGCGUUGCACUUUGGCGUCGAUCGUUCCUUCGACGAAUGGCAGUUCACUUGAUUCUGUUCGACUGGAAAUGUGGUUACAAGACGUGUUAUUCUAUCCUCAACUGAAAUAUCUUUCGAUUGAUCGACGUCAAUUCGUACUGGAUGAAGCAUUGCAAUUUUUACUCAAACGCGUGGAAAACCAGGCGACCCAAUCCGGUCCUACAUGGCACUCCCUGUUGAAUCGCAUAGUCGCGUAUCAGGCUCAGGUGGAACGUGUCAGCAAUUUGCUGAAUGGUGUUCACUUCCCUGUUCGUCCAGAAAAAGGUAGUAACAUUCAUAACAUGCAGCCUACCUCUGAAUUCUACGCACGAUUUUUACAAAUUCGACCUGAUCAGGCAGACUCCGCAUUGCAGCUGCUCUGUGAACUGAUUGACUGCGUCCGGAACGAUCACUCCGAAUGUGCGGAUCAUCCGAUCGCCGAUCCCAGUAUUCGAUGCUUGAAGGAUAAACUACACUGGCUUACAAGCCAUCUGCCGGACUGUUUUCGCGCUUUGGCUUUACAAAAUGAGGUCGGCUCCAAAGUGAUGAUUGAAGCUGUUGCUUCCUUAGUUCCACUGUCACCGUCUCUAUCACAAAUCGCUGUGGUCGAAUUCGGCGGAUGGGAUCGUUCAAAACGAUCGGCAGCUUCUGUUGACUUUUCGGCACUUUAUAUUCAAUUCCUGAACAAUGCAAUUCAAGAUGUCCCCGACAGGGAUCGUCGCUCAUUUCAGAUACGGCUGUUGGGAAGUAUGUUGGCCAACGAGCGUAUUCGACGUUCGCAAGGCUCCAAUUUAGUGCGAGCAACCAGGGAUAUGCAUGGAACGACCGAUUUUGCACGACUGGUUUUCCGUGAGUUCGUUCAUACCGCCAGCGAUUUGGCACUACCUCAUUCGACGAUUGACAGUUUCAUUACCACUGUGGACAAGAUUGUGAAUAAAAACCGGGGAGCCACGGAAAUUUUUUCUGCUAUCGAUUCGCUGCUUGAGGCAGCCCCACGAUCGUCUCUCUUGUCCGGGGACUCGAAAGCCGUAGACAGCGUGCAUAAAUUGAUUGAUUUUGUGCAAACCACCAUCGAGCUCGCCUCAUUGUUGUUGUUGCAUCCUGGGGAUCAGUCUGUGCUGUCUGACGCAGAAAUACGUACGUGGCAAUUGUGGCUUGAAUUCGGAAUUCAGUGUGAUGUGUUCCGCAAUGAGGCCGGAUCACGGGAUUGGUUGCUGGAACAAUGGAUUCAGUAUGGCUGUACUCCUCCGUCCGGGUUGGUAUGUGCGGGACUGAAUUACCUACGUAUUUUGACCUCCCGAGAAGAUGCGGAAGACGUGAUAUUCUCACCGUUUCCCUCUAGCACAAUUGUAUCCGCAUGCUUAUAUCAACCAGAUUCCCAACUAGUGGAACAAGCUCUAUGCCAGCUCUCCACUUUACAGUCUGCUCAGAUCAGUCGAGCAGUAGACGCGAAUGCUUGUCUAUACUUUUUGUGUGUUCACGGUUCUCUUUGGCCUCGUUUGGCCAGCACUCAAGGAGAAAAAAGUUUGUUCACAUGUCCUUCUCUGUUUUUUCAUAUUACUCAAAUACUUGAACACCACCUGUCGAAUGUACCUGAAAAGGAGCAACGUUUGGCCCUGCUUCAACGUUAUCUUCACGUUCUCACAAAAGCGCAUUUGUGGAUCGAGGCUGCUAGGCUGUCUCGAUUUAGUGUACAAACCAGCGCCGGCACGAACACAACGGCUACUUCGUUGUCAGCUUUCGUUGGCCUUGUUCGCAACCUAACCGGUUCCAAGUGA